UUUAUAAUCAUCUGACUAUUUUUAGGUUUAAGCACCAAUCACUUCAAGAAAUGCAUUGUUUGCUCAAACCUACUUGGUAAUUAUCUCAACUCAGAUUUUCAGUUUUCACAAAGCCCUCGUCAUGGCGUGCAGCUUUUGUCAUGCCUCUUGCUGUACACGGCGUCUGGUCGAGCCAGUUAAACUCCAUUCUGUCACUGCCUCAUUAUUCUGCUCCACCUCAACUUCUCGAGACCUCAUAUAAGGAACACAAUCACUCAAAACUUGAACCUCAACAUUAGCUGGGACUUUGAACAGGAAGUGUGGCUGAAGAGACAAUACCUCUGAAAUAACCACCUCGUCACACCACAAUCCCCUCUAACAGACGUCAAACAGCAACCUUCUUUCGGAAAGUGUCAGCACUCAUAAUGCUGGGUCCAGACCUCCUGUGUGACUGAGGAGCUGAGAUGCAGAGAUCCAAACUGAGAAUGCUGCUGCAGGGCCUGACUCUCCUCCUGUUAGGCCCCGCCUGCGAUGCCACUUCUUUGGGACUGACGGUUCACGUCGUGCCCCUGUCGAGCUAUGGAGGAGAACAGGUGCGCGCUCACUUCAGUGCCAUCGUUCCUGGUCCUUGUCCAGAUAUGACCAGCCUCUGUGCUUCGGGGGAGGACUGUCUGGUCCACAAAACCUCGUUACCCUUCCAGGGCACCAAACCAGCGCCCGGCUGGUGCGUCCGCCAGUGGCAGAAAACUGUCCCCAGUAACUUUAAAUCCACCAUGAGCUUAAGCUCCAACACAGACGUUUAUGUAUCAAUAAAUGCAGCGCCAGUGGUUCGGGAAAACAGCGGGAGACUCAACCAGCCUGCUUAUGUCGCUCUCCCUCCUCCACUUAGGGCUCGUGUGAACUGCCCUCACCACAUCCCCUUGUCGGUGAAAGACCUGGACGGGGACAAGGUGCAGUGUCGUUUUGCCCGCCAACAAAAAAGAGAGUGUCUUAACUGUCCUCAGCACUCGUUUCUAGAGCUCGAUGAGGGGAAAUGCAUUUUAAAGUUCAAUGGAAAAGCAGCAGCAGGACAGUAUUUCAUCUACCUGAUGGCAGAAGACCUGAUUCCUGUCCCCCCAUCGAUCCAGAACAAAGACAACAAACCCCUCAGCUCUGUCCCAGUGCACCUGUCUCUCACUGUGGAGGAGUCGACUAACAGCUGCAGCGAUGAACCUUUGGCAACAGGUGUGACCCCCAGAGAGGACUCCAUGCUGUUUGUCCUGCCGUACCACAAGGCGAAAUUCGACAUCAACUUUGAGUCACAGCGGGAGGGUGUUUUAGAGGUCGCAGUGGUUGGUCCACCUGAACUCUUCAGGGUCGGCUUCACAUCAAUCGGCCCACUAGCCAAGAUGAGCAUAGCCUGGAUCCGCGCUGAAAACAAUCUGACCCGUCUUUUGCCCAUCUGCUUUGCUGUGAAUACCAAGAGUUUGCAGUCAGAGCCCAGAUGCGUGUGGCUGUACCAAAGGGAGCUGAAGAAACUACCUGAUGGCACAGAGCUGAAGUGUCAGAAGACAGAGAUGACUCUGGUGCUUCCUGUCGCCUCCCUGAAGAACAUCGACCUCUCUGAGCUGCAGCUCAACAGCCCCACCUGUCCCGUCGUCUACAACCGCACACACCUGACUGCAACCAUCUCCUUGUCCGGCUGUGGAACCAAGACUUUGCAAUCUGGUUCAGAGCUGGUUUACACCAACACCUUGAAAAGUGUCCAACCGUACACUCUUGUCAGACGCACGCCCUCCCUCAUCCUCCCUCUGGCCUGCCGCAUCCCUGGAGUCCAGGCAAAGGGGCCGAAGUUCCAGCUCGGCAUUCCCACGGAGAUGAAGACCUUUGGUACUGUGAGGUAUUGGAUAGAAUUUUACCGUCCUGGAAAUGGGCCAUUUGCAAAAUUCACAAGCGUCCCAGAGCUCCGAACCCUCCGAAUGGCUCCAAGUCGACCACGUCGAGAAGUGGAACCUCUAUCAGAGAUAAACACCCCUUCCAGCAGCAACUCCACCAGCUUCACCAAUUACACCACCCCCAGCAGCUCCCCCAACAGUGCCUCAACCAGCUCCUCUCACAACAGAACCACUGCCAGUUACAUCGCCUCUACUACUAACUUGCAAGUCGGGUCCAGGCUUAACGUGCUGGACCUCCAUGUGAGGUCCAACUGCAGCAUCAAUCGAGCCGAGAUGAUAGUCAGCAACUGUUUAGAGUCGGAGACGGAGGAUUUUGCUGUGUCAUUCCCCAUUCUGGAUCAAGGGUGUACAACUUCUAACAGCACAUUAGAGGUUAUUACAACAAACCUCAAUUCAAAGAUUUACCGGCUUGAUUUGAGCAACAUGAAGGCCAAGGGGACAACUAUGUACGUCGAGUGCACAGUGAAUCUUUGCAUCUCCACGCUACCCUCUCAGAGGUGCCCUGAGAUUUGCAGCCGCACCAUUACUGAAAAAACUUUGAUUGACGGUGUGUAUACCAAAACCUACACUGUCCGCUCAGGACCUGUUAGCCUCGUGGUCACUCCUGCACCAGCAACAACUCCUGUUGCUACUACUACUACACGUACUACUGUUGCUACCACAAGUGUCCAGAACACCACCUCCUCACACGCUCCAGAACAGACCUGCGCCCUGGCAGCGGGAAUGCUUCUGACAACUAUCAGCAUAUUUCUUCAAAACGUCUUCCUUUACUGAACACACUGCUGGAGGAUGAUGUGUCAGAAGAUGGGGCACUACAUUUGCCUGUUUGGGACAUUUGAGUGUUGAAUCACACACAUAACUGUAGCUUAAACCUAUAUAUUCAUCUUUUUCAAUCAAAUAAAUAAAACAGACAAAGGGAGCGCACACAACAUGACUGAUAACUCCAAAGGAAUUGUUUAACUGGCUGCAGCUCAUCGAAACGAUCGUGUAAAGAAUCUAAAGGUUCAGAAACAGAAAAGGGGUUGGGGGGGGGAUAAAUGUUUGUUUUGCUUUAAUUAUUAUGAUUAUUGAACACGUCCACAAACAAAGUUAUUUGUUUUAUUGGUCCAUUUUGUCAUUAUCUGGUCGUGGUCAUUAGGCUGAUUUUAGGAAAUGCUGAAGCACUUAGUUAAGAGGGGCUGAAGAAGUCUUUUUGGACAAUAUUAUAAAAGUUUUUAAAAGUUAAGUUGUAUCUCCACUUCAUUUGAUCAAUGACAUCGAAAAUAAGAAUCAGAAUAAUAAUGCUGCUACCAUUAUCACAUUAUAACAAAGCAUAUCCCACUCGAAACAAAAUGAGUUUUUUAAAUUGUAAAUAUAAUUAUUAAAAAUCACAUUAAUCCGUUUUAAGGUAAUUUAGUGACAAUACAAGGAACCUUUUAAAUCUUCACCUGAAACAAGUAAAAAUAAAGUUUCCAUUCAAUAAAAGGGAUGAAUCAAUGAAGACUAUCUAAAACACUGCACAACAUGUUUACACACCUGGCUUAUCUAAAGCCAAUUGGAUAAUCUAAAAGAUUCAGUAAAGGGUCUUCAUGAGUUGAACUUUAUCAAGAACGUGUUUCUGUUUCAGUGGAACAAACUGAAAAACUACAUACACUGUUUAUAUAUAUAUUUACAGAUGAUUACUGUGUGAUUAUUUAAAAAAAAAAAACUUUAUAGAUUUGUCCCGUUCUGUCUGUACCCUUGAAGAUAUUUAAAGAUAAAGAUAAGAUAAAAAUAAUAUACUAGGCAUAGGCAUAUACUAUAUAAACACUUUCACUUGUGGAAAGACAGAGGACAGUUCUUAUUAAAAAAAAACACAGUGUGUAGAAUUACUGAUUUCACCCUGUACGCCAAGGUCAUACAAAAACUAAGUUUGCAUGUCCUUUUUCUCUUAAGUUAAAGUUUCCAUCUCACUUCCAUGGCAUUCACAUGAAAAGGUUGUAGGAUUGACAAAACUGAUGCAUACAGUAUGUGAUUGCGUAGGCUUGCAAGGUCAUUUGGUCAAGAUGUUCAGAUCUGCUCUCAAGCUUUCCUAACCCACUCUUUAUGGUCACACAAAAGAAUUAGCUUAAUUAGCUUACUGUGUUGUUUUUCACUGCUAUACUUUUUGAAAAUGUACCAUUGGAUGAAAAAUGUAACAUUAAAAAUAAGGGCAAUGCAUCAAAAAAUAA